CCUCUGUUGCCAAACUUCACCCAUGAUGAUCUCUCGUGCUGUCAACGCCCUAGCAGCAGUCUCUCCAAGACGAUGGCGUUGGCUGAAACCGUCCAAAGGCAAUCCGAGGACCUCUGGGGCAAGGCUUUGCGGGGGAUCGAACCAGAGCUACGCGACCUCGUCGACGGGGUCAGGCAAAUGUGAAACUCUCGAGACUAUACUAAGCGCGGCCGAAGAGAAAAGGGAGUUGUGCAUUCGGAAGCAAUGGAAGAUCAAGAAGAGGAAUGGCGAUGUCAUCAUUCUUCGCGACAUCUUUGAAAUGAUCGUUCAAUGCGUCAACAAAUCCAAGAUUCUAGGAGACGCUGCGGCUUCGAUCGCUCCUCAAUACGCAACCUUACCCUGGGGUGUGGUUGUGAUCCUGCUUCAGACAGGCAUCAAUGACACCGAGGCCUUCGCUGCUAUGAUCGAUGGCCUUGAAGCGGUAACCAGCAUAAUCGCAACGUGUGCCGUUUUUGAAAGUGUCUACCUAUCACAGAGAACUCUGGCAAUUUCCCACCUUGAGAGCUCGCUUACCGCCUUGUAUGGAGCAAUCUUGACAUUUCUGGGCACGGCAUUCAGAUACUUUUCCCAAAGUACAGGGAAAGGGUUUUUUAAGGCUGUCGUCAACCCUGCUAAAGAGAUUGAGGAUGCCAUGAAACGCGUUGAAUCCAAGCAGACCGAGGUCGAAAGAACGGCGCAAGUCACCAUCAUGGAGAUCCAAACUCACACAUCUACGCGUGUGCAAGAUCUAACGUCCAUGGUCAGCAGCUUGGCGGUUCAGUUAGAGAUGGCAAACUCCAAACUAGCAAGUUUGAGUGGCCAUUCCGAAGCAGCCAUGAUGCAACGUGGGGAAUCCUUGAGCGUGGCAAUCACCUUUAUAAUGAGACCAAAACAACGAACGAUCAGACAGCCAGAGCGCUUCGACAACCUCAAAGUAGAGGAUAGAAUUAUUCGAUACGACUGGUUGUCAUCCGUUCGCUACAAAUUUCAUCAUCUCACUGAGACUCGAGGCCGGAUGGUUGAGUCUGGAAAGUGGCUAUUUCAGCGGCCUGAGUUUCUAUUUUGGACAGACUCCAGCAUAUCAGGCACCUUGUGGCUACAUGGACCGCCAGGCUGCGGCAAGACCAAACUUGCGUCUGCCGUCAUUGACUUUGAUCGAGCAAGGGCAAAAGCGCAGGCCGACUCUGCCGUGCCUAUCGCAUACUUCUAUUGCAAUAGUGGCGAUGGCGAGCGGACAAAACCUGACGAAGUCCUUAGAUGCAUUGCACGCCAGCUUUGCGGUGAUGAUCCUGAAUCGCCUGUCACCGAAGAGUUGCGCCACGCUUACGAGACCGCCCGUGACCCUCAAAUUGGACAAAACAAACUGAGUAUCAACGAAGCCAAAGAUCUGAUUCUUGGAAGAUUGUCUGAGAACCCAGCUACGAUUCUCUGGGACUGCCUCAAUUCUAUCGUCAAAGACGCGCCGAAUCUCGUCAAAGUAUUCCUCACCAGUCGUGAUGACGGAGAUAUUGUUUGUCGGCUAAGCUCUACGCCGAAUAUCUACAUCAGUGUUCAAGACAACAGCACCGACAUUGAGCGGUUUGUAGAGCUGGAGCUAAGCAAGGCCAUUUCCCAGAAAAGGCUUCUGAGGGGCCUUGUGUCCGAGCAGCUCAGGUCGCAGAUCGCGGCAGCUCUUAAAGAGGGCUCACAGGGGAUGCAAAUGAAACUCGAAGAUGAUAUUCUCCAUGAGCUCCGUCAACUUCCUCGGUCGCUUUCUGACCUUUAUGCAAUCAGCUUCGACCAGAUUUUGCAACUGUCGUCCUCAAGCUAUGGGCUGGCCAUCAGUAUCCUCCAGCUGAUGCUCGUUGCCGUCCGACCUAUUGCCUGGGGAGAGAUUCUCCACAUUCUUCAGGUCUCCCAUACCGCCGUGGGGGGUGGAAUAACCCGCGACGUACUUCUCGACAUAACAUGCAACUUUAUCGCCGAUGACGGACAAUGGUAUCCGAGAUUGGUUCACCAUUCUGUCCGGGAAUAUCUGCGAAGCCGCCCGGAAUUUGCAUCAGGCGUCUCGAACGCCGAAGCUGCACGACUCCUCGUCUGUGGCGCCGAUCCUAACCAAACUGCAUUGAGCUACUAUCCAUCACGAGCGGCCACGAUGCAGCGCAAGAUGGACCCCGAUGCCGUUUUACACAUUGGCCGUCCUGCCACCACCCCGGGGUUUCACGUACUCAGCAGAACCGGACGGAUGGAGGUCCAGAGUCCAUAUUUUUGGAAGGAAGAGAAAUACGCCAUCAUUCACAUAGCUAUACACACCCUUCGGGCUGUCGAGUGUGUCAAAGUGCUGCUUCAACAUGGCGCCAAUGUCAACACGCGCUCAUUGAACAACCAAACCACGUUGGAAAGUUGUCUGGAGUACGGCAACCUGCAGACCAUGUUCGAGGUGUUUGAAAUCUUGACGAAGUCGAAUGUUGAAGUUGACGCCAAACUCCAAAACGACAGGACGAUUGCCCAUGUCGUGGCAGCCAUGGGUCAUACGGAACUAAUGAUCCGGCUUCUGGAUGCGGGAGCCAACUGCGCCGUGCGAGACCAGUUUCGCCAGUCUCCCCUCGACAUUGCCAGACGAUAUGCCCAUCUGGACGUGGUAGAACUUCUCAUUUCGAGGGGCGCCGUUGCGCCUGUAGUGGAAGAUAUCGAGGACGAGGCCGCCUCUCCUCUCCCGUCUGGAUCCGGUUCCCAAGCCGGUUCGGAUCCACCAAAGACCCCGUACCUUUCAGUGUCGAUACAAGACUGCGACACGAAAGAAGAUAUGCCAACGUGGUCGGAACAACUACAUGCGCAGCUUGACAUGGCCGGUGGAUGGCCUGGAGAUAGUGCAAAAUCGCAACUGGACGUCGUGAAGGAGCUUCACAAACAGAAGUCAGUCGGUCGGUCUUGGGAGACAUUGAUGGUAUCUUCAGGUUUAAAGCAGUCAUGA